UCUUCAAUCGCGUUUUAAAGUGAAGGAAGCAAACGCGGGACCUUCAAGUGCCGAGAGUGGCUUUCUCUGCCUCUCUACGCACAUGCUCACACAUGCGCGACAGACCUUGCGACGGAAGACACGAGAAAACCAGCUGCCUGCUGGCCCCCCUAUCGAAGUAGACCGUCCUUCCAGUUUUUUUAGAAAUCUUGUAACAGUAAAGCUCACCCUCCCCAUUUCUAUCGACGAACUCCAUUCCUUUUCAAGAGACGCUCUGACGUCGGUCGGCGACUCUCCCGGGGUGGUACGGCCGCGGGUCGCUCUCUUGCGCAUUGAUUCCAGCACAGAGUUGGCUGGUGUACACUCACGCUGUGUUUUUCUUCCCAGUUUCUGGAACUUCCCUCACUCGGACUGCUUCCGGAGCGCCUUUAUUGCACAGUGUCUGCGCGCCCUUCGCGUCCAAGGAGUCUCUUGAGAUCGUCACCCUUUCCUCGUUUUGUUCCGGCUCCAACCAUGACAGUGGAGAGUCUUCGGCGACGCCACCGCCCAGCUGUGGAGGCUUCGCCUGCUGAAUGUCCAGAAGCGAAGGAAACAGACUCCAGUUUGGACGCGACUCUCCCCGCGCCGGUUCCACCCCCGCCGUCUGCGCGCUCUGAGGCGGACCUGCCGACCUGGACCCGCGCAUGUCAGCGAAAAGAAGGCUCCAUCUUUUCUUGGCAACUUCUUGUGCUUCUCGCCGUCGGAGUCGCACUCCGUCUGUUUCUUUACUCUGUGGGAUUGACUCUUUCAGAGUCCACGGAGCCACUGGUUUCCCCCGCCUCCGCCUCCUUCUCGUCCUUCCGCGAGGCGCUCACGCUGCACGCGCUCUCCUUCUCGCCGUACACGGGCGGGGUGUACAGACAGCAGCCGCUGGUCUUCCUCAGUUUGAAGUGGCUGACCGGCGCAGGCCGCGGCGCGGACGAGAGUUGCAACACCAGCAGCUGUCAGUGGCGGUACUACCUUGUCUUGAUUUUCAUCGACUUGGUUGCCGCGACCGCCCUCGCUGUCGCCGCAGCAGAGGCCCGAACAUGGGCGGUCAGUUGGAGACAGAAGGACUGGGAGAACUCGACAGACGUGACGCGGGAGAAAGGACCGAGCGAACGAGGCAAGACACUCGCGAAGGGGAGCGAGGAAUCGCACCAGCAGCCGCGAGACGGCGUCGAAGAGAUCGUCGCUACGCCGGCUCUCGUCGCAGCCAGCUACUUCCUCCACCCCAUGACGAUCGGCGCCAUUCUCUCUCUGACCAUCCACACGCUUCCGCUGGCUUUCUUCGCGUCGGCUCUUGCCUGCGCAACUCGAGCUGGCUGGCUCUCCAGGUGGCUCUCUGUCGUUUUCUUCGGUUUUUCUCUUUAUGUCGGACCUCCUCAGGCGCUGCUCCUCGCUCUCCCCUUGGCGCACCUGCUGCAUGCAGUGCGGACUCAAACUGUACAGCGACUGGAUCUCCUGGAGGUUUUGCCUUCUCCAAAGAAAGACAUUCUUCCUGGCCUACUUCGCGGCACUCUUCUCUUCUUUGCGGGUCUGGCUUUCUGUGUCCUUCUCCACGUCGCUUCGUACUUUGCGUUGAGAGCGUACACCGCAGACGCUGCCGACUACCUCGACUCCACGGUCGUCUCCAUGUGGGGAGUGCGGGACCUCGGACCCAACCUGGGGAUUUUCUGGUACAUCUUCUCACUGAUCUUUGAAAGAUAUCGCCUUCUCUUCGUCAUGAUCUUUCAGGGCCAUUGCUUCAUUCUCGUCGUUCCCCUCUUUGUCCGGAUGUUCCGCUACCCUCUGGCGUACUGCCAGGUCGUCAUCGCUAUCGCCCUGCUCUUUCAGCCGUCUUUCUGCAUAUCGGAUUCCGCGUUCCUUGUGAGUCUUCUCAUCAGUCGGUGGCACAUAGUGGAAAGGAAGGUCGCCUUCGUCAAGCUGAUCGUCGUCGCUUUCGUGGCUGUCUCGAUCUACCCCGUGACGACAGAGCUGUGGCUAGGCCGGAACACAGGGAACCCGAACUUUGUCUACAACAUUCAGAUUAUCUUUCAAGUCUUCAUGGGUUUUCUUAUCUUGGAAUGGAUCAAGGGCGUCAUUCUAGACCGAGUCUUUACUUCGUCUGAAUCUUUUGAAAAGAGGGAAAAGACAGCUUAAGCUGAGUCGACCGCUUCGGCGCGGGAGGUUGCUCGACCCUGUCUCCUCGAGAAGAAUGUUGCCAAAGAGCGAAAGUUCGUUUUCCUGAGUCCUGGGAAAACCCGCGUUCCCUCUACGUUUUUUUCAGUGUGAGGGAGUGGAUAGGGAUUGUUGCUGUUUUUAUAUGUAUCGGCAUGCGUAAUGAAGGCACUAGUGAAUGUCACAGGGCGAACUCUAGUGCUGACAGUCUUAGAGCUGUGGUUUAUAGAAGCUUGUUCGAAUUGAUCCAGCAACCAGACGAGUCUGGUUUCAUGGCUGCCGAUGAAACGAUUUAACUGGGGCCGCUUCUCAGCUGAAGCAUUUUGGCAGAACGCAGCCCCGUAGCAUGGGAAGAAUGCCAUUUUCCGCCUUACCCUUCUGCUGGUUAGGGUCUCAUGCGUGUAGGAUAUUCGGAAAUCGGUGUGGAGCGGGUGUGCUCUGGUAAAGUUUUCUUGUGUACCUGCGGCCAAUGCACAGAGAACAUGCCCCAUCACCGAAUGUCUUUCUGACGUUUUCUCGUCGAAAGUUGUCUUCUUUCUGGCCGUCUGGGGUGUGGCUGUCCUCGAAAGCAGUCCUUAGGG